GGGAGGAGGGUGAGAGGAGAUGAGACUCAGUCAGUCAGUAGAGAUGUAGUGAUGGAGCAGCUCGGAGUCAGACUCUUCCCUCUGCGAACAGCGCGCGGCGAGCUUUUGGUGUCUCGCGCUGAAUCAUAAAGAAACUUGCGUUAUAACACGGGACGCAGGCGAAAUGUGCGCGCGCGAAUGUGUGUAUGUGUGUGUGAAACCAGACGUUUAUGAUCCUCCCGUGAUUUAGUCCGGAGCAUGAGGUGCGUAACGGCGGAGGAGGCGCGAGGAGCAGCAGCGGUGCGCACGCGGACCGGUCCCACAGUGCGCACGAGAAAAACGCGCGCGCCGAAAAGUGUGUAAAGAGCGAGCGAGCGAGCGAGCGAGAGCCGGAAGUCAUGGGCAUCCAGCACCUCCUGCUGCUCCUGAUCUACCUGGACCCGCUGUGCGCGAGCAAGAAACACGGGAAACACGCGCCGCGGCGCACUGCCAAAGCCAAGGAGCUCAACGGCACCGCCACCGUGGUCGCCCCGACCGCGCGCGCUCCCGUCCCGCGGGUCCGCGCGCCCUCCCCGGUCGGUGGAGACCACGACACGUGCCUGGGUUAUUACGACGUGAGCGGCCAGUACGACAAGGAGUUCGCGUGCAACAACACGGACCACCGGUACUGCUGCGGCAGCUGCUUCCUGCGCUUUUGCUGCCCGGUGCGCGCCAAGAGGCUCGAGCAGCGCGCGUGCACCAACUACAACACGCCCGACUGGGUGAAGACGCAGCCGCCGUCGCCCGCGCCGACCGCCGACACCUACGACCCCGCGCUGGACCGCACCAACACCACCGUGUACAUCACGUGCAGCGCCAUCGCGCUCGUGCUGCUGCUCGGCAUCGCCGCCAAGGUGGCGUACGACAAGGCCACGCGCCCGCCGCAGGAGAUGAACGUGCACAGGGCUCUAGCGGACAUCCUCAGGCAGCAGGGUCCUGUCCCGGUCUCACAUUACGAGCAGGAGAACAUGGGUACUAUGGAUGGCUCGCCGAAAGACAGCACACCUGUACGCAGCAACAAGAACCACUACACACCUGUACACAACAAAAACAACCAUGGGCAUCAUGGGAAGGAUAAUUUCCGCAGCGCUCAGGACAUGCACAACUUCAUCUCCUCUGGGUUCGUCACACUCGGCCGAGGACAGCUGAAAGCUCAACAAUCGGUGGAUGAUCUGGGGUGGCAGGGAGACCUGGACAUCCCUCUGUCAUACGGGAACCAUCAUCAUGACUACACGAGCCAUGUGGACCUCACCGGAUCUCACACACCUAAAAUCGGACACAGAAUAGAGCGCUACGAAAAGCCUCGGAUGAACAACAUCCUGACGUCACAGACAGAGCCUUACGAUCUGUCGUUCUCUCGUUCCUACCAGAACCUCACUCACCUCCUGCCUUCGUACGAAAUGCCGUUGAAGUCCGACCUCGGCGAUGACGAAUAUUACGGGAGGAAGCUCCACCUACCUGAUGUGACUCCGAAGCUGGUGAAGUUGGCUCCGGAGACACCAGUGCAGCGAGGGAAGCCACGUCGUGUACAACGCGCAAUGUCUCAGGACCAUGUUCUCUCACCUGUUGUCUCACGCCGCGACUAUGUCGCACCCGCAUACACAUUUUCGCAGGAUAUGCUCUCGGCCGAUCGCUUGCAAUCCCGGGAUCCUUUGCUCUCGCCAGACAAGCUGCUCUCUCUGCGGCGAGCCGAUUUCCGUGAGAAGUCGAUGGCUCGUGCCCUCUCGCACACGGACGUGUUUGUGCCUCCCACGCCCACCAUGGAGCGACACCACAGGAUGGGGAAGGCACACUCACACUCACACUCACAGCAGAGUGACGGUGCCAGCGACGAUGGGUACAGGGGGAACGAUGGGCUGCUGAGUGUCAGUGGCAACAAGAGGCAGGCAUUCGCCUCAAGACGGACACACACAGUCGACCACUUGCAGUAUAUACCUGGACAUCACCAUCAUCAGUACCGCACGGCCAGCAAGAAUGAAGUGACAGUGUGAAAACAGGGACAGAGGCAGAGGGAGGAAGACAGAAGGAACCAUCUUUAUUACAUGGCAAUAUUGCAAAACAGACAGAAAGGAGAGUAAAAGAGAGAGAGAUAGAGAAACAAAUAAGAGUAAGGAGAAGAGAAAUAGGAAAACAUUGGUAUCACGCCGCCAACAAAACAGAAGUGACAGUCUAAACAUAGGUAAAGAGGCAGAGAAAAUAACUAAAAGGAGAAGGUACGGAAGUAUGUGGGACAUUAAGAUUACGAAGCGAUUUUCUUGCAGUUCAGAGUGAAAGAAAGAGAAAGACUGGGCAGGAGGUCACUGAACACUCGUUGUGGUAAUAUAAACAGUGUGUGUGUGUGUGUGUGUGUGUGUGUGUGUGUGUGUGUGGUAAGUGUGUUAUCAGGCUGGAUAACGGAGGCGUCCCAAUUUUCGAUUCUCUUCUUCCUUCUGCUUUUGACCUUGACUUGUUCCCAAUUUCAUCUCAAAGCUUCAGCCUCAACAUCUUCUGGGUCAUUUGGAAAAAAAAGAGAGAAUAUACCUUCCUCCUCAUGCCUCCGGCCAAUGUAAGGGCUUGCACAUUAACACGUACACACAAACACACACACACAUACACACACACACACACACACACAAACACACACAAAAAAUGGGCUGCAGUCCAACAGAAACCAACAAAGACUUGAAAAAAAAAAACAGGACUGAACGAAAGACCUGUAGUAACUUUCUACAAAUAUAUAAAGAGACUUACGGUUUGUAAUUCUAGUUCUCAGUUUAGCUUUAGAGAUUAUUCGUAGAUACGAGAAAAAAAAAAAGGUCAUGGGUGUUCCAUGCAAAUGUCAAAAAAAUUACAUUGCCCCAUUUCGUUAGAAGUGGAGUAAGGGUUAAAAAAGCACAAUCAAUACAGUUAACAGUUGAAACACACUUUUUUUUCACAUUCUGUCAUUUCUUUCCUCUUUUUUUUGGUAUAUCAACCAGCUCCUGUCAGCCUCUUAGAGGCGCUGUGCCAGUUUUCUUGCGUACAAGAUUGUAAAUAAGCUGUGAUAGCUGUAGUUCAGAGAGUAAAGUUAGCUCAGAUUUCUGGGUUGUUGUUUUAAUCCAGACCUCAGUGAUCUCAGUUUCAUCAUCCAGUCGUACAGUAAAUGUGUAUGUGUGUGUGUUUGUAAGAGUGAGUGCAUGUAUGUGAUAUAUUUUUUAAAAUAUGUACUGAUUAUGAACAUGUGGUUGAGUCAGCCAUGUGCUACGUGUUUUCAACAACAUAACGUUUUUAUUAUCAGCAGCUAGUUACAAAUCAUCUGACUGUUUUCUCUAAUUUACUAGACAAAUUGUUCUGCAACCCUAAAACUACAGUCGUAAAACUGGACUGUUUUGAAGGUUGGGUAAUAACUUGAUAACAUGAUGUCUGCUAAGCUUUUUUUUUUUUUUUUUUUUUUUUUUUUUUAGCAGAUCUUUCUCUUCUGAUAUUGAUACUGAUGUCUCAACUGAAACUGAAGAAUACCUCUUGUGUUUUUGGUUUUGUUGGUCCACAGUUCGGGUUUGGUAUAUAGAGUAUACUAGAAUGGUGACAAGAGUGCCACAAGCAUUUCCACCUGUCACAUCAUCACUGUUAAGCUCCGCCCUGUUUGCUAAGAUCUCAGAUAACAUGAGCUAAUUUGUAUGGUGUAUGUGCCAAAGGUGGGUGUGUUUACAAAGAAAGUUUGCGUAAAUUAUGUCAUGUGCAAAGUUAAGGAAGAAACCGAGUGGAAAUUAAGUUCUGGUGUGUGCUAGUGCGGUUCCGAUCUCAAAGAAUGAAGUGAAACACAAGUAUAACUCCAAUUAAAAGUGAUGGGAUGUACUGAAAAAAUACGAUAUGAACGCAAAAUAAAAGAGUGUGUGUUCAUAAAGUAUCUAUGAAUGAAGAGCUUUUCAAUUUCCUGUAGACAUCAGAGACAUUAUAUCUAAUAUGUCAUAAUUUUUACGAAACUGUCUGAUCAUUGGGCUUCAUUUUUUGUUGCCAGAUGCGAUUGAAUUUACCCGUAAAUUGUUCACAGGAAACAAGAACACUAGAGAUGUGGUACAGGAUACACAAGAAAUGUGGUGUUCAUGAAAAUCCAGUUAUUUGGGAAAUUGUUCAUAUUCUACAUUUUUGCUCCUGAAUUUGUGUAAAUUUCCGUAUAAGGAGACUCAGUAAUGUGAACUUCGACACUCUGACACUUUCAAUUACACACCAAUUUAAUGUAUAUUUUGUGAAAUUCAGUCAUUUCAUAUUAAUAACAUGAAAGAAAGUGAUUCCAAAAACAAAUCAAUAAAUUAAGAUGACUAAACUAGUCUUUCAAUUAGGACAAAAGUAAUGGCACCCUAUAAAAGGAGGAAGAGUUGGUGUAUGUCUAUAGUAGCCGAGCAGCUGCAAUGGCUAAGCUGCAUUAUUGGAAGAUUUAGCGCGUGCCGCACUUAGGAGGCGCUCUUUCACCAUGUAGUUGUCAUUUUGUUGUUUUUAGCUCUCUGUGAGUUUUGCCUUUUGUGGAGUUUUGUGGAGGUCACUAAAUGUAAACCAGCUGUGCUGUGAACGUGGUAUCAAAACUUUUGUAAAUCCGAAUUAGUUAAUAAUGAUGGUUUUUUUUGGUUCGGUUUGGCCACGAAAACAUUCACACACAGCUUUACUAAAUGAUAAAUAAAUGAAGCCCAUUUUGACUAAUGCCUAAUCUUGGUAAACCUUCUAAUUAUUAAAACGUAUUAAAUGGUAAUUGUGUUCAACUGGACUUCCAUAACUGUAGUUACUGCUUUUUUGAUUGUUUUAUUUUGCACCCACAUCUUGUUGUACUUGGAGAGACUUUCAGGCUGCACAUAUUCAUUAAAGCAAACAUGCAAAACCAGACAAGAUGUGCAAUUGUGCUCGUGUGAAAGACACAAUCCUACGUAGACCCUGUUAAUAAAUCAUCUUUCAAAGUUGCACGUGUUUUGACACAUGCAAAAAUCAGGGCCUUACUGUGCUGAAAAGUGGUUAGACGUGGAAAGAUUAAGGUUCUGGGACUCUGGAAACAGGUGUAGCCAAUCAACAGAAAGUGCAAGAGUUUAUAAGAACACCAGAUAAGGAAAGUGGACAAUGAAAGCAGUAUCCAGUUACAGGAAGCCAUAUUGGGUGAGAGCCAGCGGGGACUGUGACACUAAAACUAACUGGAUGUGAAUUUGGAGAAAAAAGAAAAAUAAACACCAAACAGCCAACAAAAUCGCAAAAAAAAAAAAAACCCAAAAAACAAAACAAUUAAACAGCAUUUAACUCGAUGCUGUUUGUUGUGUAUUACAACAUUGUUACCAUUGCUUUCUGUUGGUAAAAUAAUUACACGCACUAUACACAAUACUGCUAUCACAACCUGAUCUCAAGCACUAACUAUAUAACUAUAUGAGAAAUCUAAUGAGUGAGAGCAAUGUUGUUUGAUUUUAUUCAGUUAAUCUAGCUAACUCUGGCCCACAACCUGAUCGUACCUGCGCCGAACAUUUUUUACCAGUUGCGUGAAUUCUUACAAACUGGUGGUUCUAUUAAAGCAUCCAUAUUAAUUAACUAAGUCCAACACACACACAAACACACACACACACACUCUCUCUCACACACACACACCCCUCCCAAACCUGCAGUUCAUGUUUAUGAUGAAGUCCAGGAAUCAAAAGGAUUCGACUUUAGCGUACUGAAUGAAUAUGAAUAAACUAUAUUUAUCAAAAUAAUAAUUCUGAACGAGGAAAGAGAGAAUUUUAGGCCAAACUCGAAGCUUCUAGCUCAUUUUGUCUAACACACGCACAGGAGUGUGUCGUGAUGAGACCCGGGAUUCUCUGUGAAAUAUUUUUGACUGUAAAGAUAGUUGUAUUUCGAAUUGCAAAGCGAGGCGGUGAAUGUUGUGUGAUACGCGGACUGUUCUGCUCUUUCUGUUCAGUUCUGUAACAUCAUCAUCAUCCUCAUCAUCAUCCUCAUCAUCAUCCUCAUCAUCCUCAGUCCUACACGAAGCUCACUGCUGUUUCUGAUAAGGAUCAAUAAAACCGAACAAUAAAAGUAA